AUGUGCAAAACCAUCAUCAUCACUACCACGAUCACGUUCUCGAGCCGUCAAAGAUCCUUGUACCGCUUCGCAUGGAGACGGUUCGGGCAAUUGCUCCCUCUCGUGCGCCACGAACGAAGCAACCUUCGUGCCGUGUAUCGUCCCCAGUUGAGAGAAUUGAUUCAAGACGAGCAAGCAGAAUGGUCUACCGUCGAGCAGAAAGGUUCGGCCCCUCUCCCAUUCGGGCUUUACAAAUGGAUGCCCAGCUAAAUCUACCACGCCCUUCUCACCACGUGACAGUCCACGCGACAUUGAAGUUGCUCGAGGCGUCCCCAUCGCUGUUACACCAAAUCCCAUCCCUCUACUACCACCACCACUACAAUCGUGCCAAGGCCGAUAUGCACCUAGCGAUCAAGUGGAACCCCCAGGACCCGGCCAGCGCGAGCAAGCAAUGGGCCAAGAGGCAAACAAAGGCACUGAAAGGGGCCGAUGGUCUGGCAGAGAGGGCUCAAAGUGGUAUCGCCAAAGCGUUGGAAGGCGUCGUGAAUCGUGCCGAGAAGGGGGAACGGGCCAUGCUGGGGCUCAAUCGCGUGAAGUAG